AAUUUAGAUGUGGAAAUUACCCAUUUCCGACUAAACUUAUCAGCUGAUCCAUUUUUGAUGGUAGAUAAGAAUAUCAUAAAUGCUGAGUUUUUGUUGAGACGAUCAACACCUGCCUCACCAUGAUCUACCAGCAAGGAGUAUCUACCAGACACCUCGUGGUGCUCUCCAUUCUGCUAGCUCUCAGCCUCUUGGGAGAGACAAAUAACAGCUGUCUGGGCAGUCUGAAAAACCUGUAUAAAUUAGCAGAGCAUCAAGCAAGUUCAAGCCUCGAAGCAUAUGAGACCGUUUUCAACCUCUCGCCGUCAACUGAAGAGACUUGCCAGGACAUCCCCAAGCAUGUCAUCGAUGUCUCUGACAUCAAGGAGACACUGAAGAGCCUCUACUGUUGGAACACCUUUUACAACUACCACCUUGUCGAGGUCCGGCACAACCACAAGGACUUGUCAUACCCGAACGAUCUCCGGGAAAAGCUGAAGGAUUUAAACGGAACUAUGUUUCGUACCUCUGAAAACAUGAUCAGAGCAGCGCCAUCCAUCACAUUUGAACAACCUCUCAACCUCUCAAAGGUGAUCAACGACAGCGACCAUGCGAAAAAGAUAUAUGGGGGGUGUGUUUUGUACCGGAUAAAAAACCUACUGAAGGAGGGAAAUCCCAUUGUUCAAAGUCUGAAAAUGACGGAUGUCUGUAAAAAACGAAAUCGCCGAAGAGUGCCGACACAACGGUCCACUUGUUGUUAGUGCCGAAACAUGCUAACUGACUGAGCAUGUUGGUUCAUCUUAGGUGAAAGGUCAUUUAGAUUUAUUUUGUAGUUGUUGGCACUGGUUACUGUAUUCAGAGAAAACAGCUAAUCAAUGGAGAUAAGACAUUGUACGCCAUUUAUUUUUUAGCUCAUGUUAUAUUUAUAUAUUUAAUAUAUUUAACAGAACAAGUUAGUGGACCAUAAAUUGGAUUCAGCAGUAUCAUAAUCUGUUGUAAAUAAGAUUCAUUAUAAGACAGAUCUUGCAUUCCUUUUUCUUCAGAUGUAUAAGACAAUAUUUAUUUGUACCAAUUUUUCUAUUUAAUAAAAAUGUUUCGGAAACGUAACAAGCUAUUGUCUUUGUCAGGUGUUGAAUGUGCACAGGUCAGACCAACAUAUAGUGUGUGCCUAAAUAAUAGGCUGCAUCAUUAUCUUGUGAACAAUUUCUGAUCAAACUAAAAGGUCUAAAUUGAGGUUCAAGACUAAGCAUAAAUCCGUAUUUCUCUGUGU